ACAGAGCCUCUCUGUGGAAGGCCAGUCCCGCAAUCCCAGAGAGAGUCGGAUGGAUUAGAGAGGUGCCGACUCCUGUCCCACCCAGGAGGCAGCCUUCUGCCCGCUCCCUUCCCAGGCAUUUCUGCACGCCUCAAAGGGAAGGGUGGUGAGAACGCCACUGUCCCCCUGGCAGGACAGUGUGGGUAUACCUGUAGCUACCAGGGUCCCAUCAGGUUUGAGGGUAAUUCUUCAUCUUUGAGGAGGAAAAGAUGUGUUGGAAGACGCUGCUGCUCCUGCUGUUGUAUUACAAUGCUCAGGCUACUGUGGCCCACGGGUGGAGCAGGGCUGUGCUCUUCCCGGCUGCCCAUCGGCCAAAGCGGUCCUCAUCGAUGCCAUUGAAUCCCGUGCUGCAGACCUCCCUGGAGGAGGUGGAACUGCUCUACGAGUUCCUGCUGGCCGAAUUGGAGAUCAGCCCUGACCUGCAGAUCUCCAUCAAGGACGAGGAACUCGCCUCCCUGCGGAAGGCCUCAGACUUCCACACCGUCUGCAAUGACGUGAUCCCCAAGCGCAUCCCAGACAUUCGUCGCCUGAGUGCCAGCCUCUCCAGCCGCCCAGGAAUCCUCACCAAGGAAGACUUUGAAAGGACAGUGCUGACCAUGGCCUACACGGCCUACCGCACAGCCUUGUCCCACGGGUAUCAGAAGGACAUCUGGGCCCAGUCCCUCAGGAGCCUCUUCCAGGCCCUGCAACACGACCUAAUCCAGUCCUCAGGUCCUGGAGUGUCUCCCUGAGAGACUGGCCCAUGCCAGGACCUUGGAGCAGGGACCAGCACACACAGUAAUCCAAAAUGCCUUCAUGCUCCAUCCAUUUAUAGGGACCAGGAACAAAAGACAGCCACCAGCACAGGGCAACAGAGGACCCUUGGGAGCCCCAGUGUUCUUUGGCCCCUUGCAGCUUCCUGACAUUCUGAUUCAUGACAUAAGGUUAUCUGGGCCGGGAGACAGGUUGGAGUGAUAACUCAAAGUGCCCCCAGAGGCAGAUUAGUUUGCCUGGUGACAUACAGAAGUCUGAGACAUGUUUCAACACAGAGUGAUUGUGCCCACAGCCAAGAGUGAGGACAGAGCUAGAGAAGACGUCAGAGAAAUUUGGGAAUAGUAGGAUGACGGGGCAGAGAUUCCACACAUCCUAAAAGACCUAGGUGCUAGGAUGAAUAACUUCUUUCCAAAGGGUCUACAGUAGGAUAUAAAGAAACUAGAGCAAAACUCAAAUACAUACAUCAUGAACCAGGGGUCUACUUCUUGCCUUUUCCAAAAAACAACAAGAACCAGUUUGUACCUUCUCUGCAAAAUCCCAGGUUUUGCUAAUUUUGUGGCUAUAAGCUUUUCUGCUGCCCUCCUCACUGUCAGGAUGCAUUUGUCUUUGUUGCCAACAUAGCUUGCCUUCAAGAUUUGUUUUCUUAGCUGUUAUCACCUAAAAAGUAAGGUAGCAAGGCUACUUACAAUUCUUUGUGAAGUAAGAGUUCAUAGAUGAAGGCCUCUGUUGGGAGAAGUGUCUGGGUUCCCAUGAGGAUUCCUCACCAGCUCAGAGACCUCUCUGGCUUCUCCUAGGUUUACAGCUGGGUUCUAGAGGCUAAAACUACAAGUAGUAUCACUUUGGAUGAGUGAGCAUUCCAGGGCUAAAUUUGAUUCUGAAAGGUGCAUCUAACAAUGGUCAUUAGAUGAUGACAAGGGAUGACGAUGAGGUCUGGACUUCAAAAAAUAUAUAUA